CUGAAUGAGUGACUGUGUCCCCCGUCCUGCCCAGAGCCAUAAAUCAUGCUGACAGUCUGUGAGAAAAACAAAGCUUUUUCCUCAAGAUGCAGACAGAGAAGGACGCUCCUUCCAAAGGAAAAAAGAUCUACCACAUUUUUUCACUCGUAUUUUUUGGCUGCUUAAACUCAGGUGAGGUGGGAGCCGUCAACAUGACCAUCCCUAACGCUCUGAUCAGAGGAGCGGUCGGGGGAGAGGCCCUCCUGUCGGUCCGCUACAGCAGCUUCAGCCUUGACCUGCCGGUUAUCAAGUGGCAGCUCCAGAGGGAGAAGGCGGUCACCGUGGUCCAGUCCAUCGGAACUGACAUCAUUGGGACCUUGAGGCCUGAGUAUCAAGACCGGAUUCUGGUGUUUGAGAACGGGACUCUGCUUCUCCACAACCUCAGACUGUCUGAUGACGGGACUUACGACGUGGAGAUCUCCAUCACAGACGACAUUUUUACUGGAGAGGGAAGCAUCACACUCACUGUGGAUGAGCCCAUAUCCAGGCCGUACAUCCACAUGGAGGCCUCAUCCGUCCUGGAGCUCAGCGAAAACUUUGUCCUUAACUGUUCUCAUGAAAACGGGACCAGAACCACUUACAAAUGGUUUAAAGGUGGGAAACCCCUGGCCAAUGAAACACGGUUCAUGUUGUCACCUGAUCAGAAGUGCCUGACCAUCAGCCGAGUGUUGAUGACUGAUGAGGAUAUCUACAGCUGCACCGUAGAGAACCCACUGGGCAACAUGACCAGCCUGCCAAUCAGACUGGCCGUGUACAGGAGAAGCUCCGUGUACAUCAUGCUUUCCACUGGAGGAAUCUUCAUCCUCAUCACGCUGGUAACAGUGUGUGCAUGCUGGACUCCUUCUAAAAAGUCAAGAAAGGAAACUAGAAAGUCCAGGAUUUAUGGUAAUUCUCAUCAUAAACAGCUUAAACAGAAAGAUGAUGUGCUUCCCAAAAUGAGGGAACAUAAUGGGAUAAAAGCAGUAACUUCCCUUUAUGUCCUCCAACAAAAGGAACCCUCCGUGGACGACUCGUCCAGCAACAGCAUUGGGUCUCCUUCUGAACUGGACAGCCCUCCAUCCUACACAACUUUCCCCAACUACACAAACUCCCUGGUGCGGUCAGGUGGAACUCCAGCCGGCUCCUUCCCAAAGUGUGUCUGAAACUUCAUAAACUUGUUCAUCAUACAAAAUGAAGCAGCAGGUCAUUUGGUGCCUGCCUUUGUGCAAAACUUUAACUUUGAGUUUUUGUGAACUCAAAUAAAAACUGUAAGCAUUUUU